CAACUCAUUAGCUUAAAGACUAUGGACAUAAGCUACUGCUUUAACCUUUUCUCUUCAGAUGUCCCACCACCACCAGAGCAUACCCAUGAAGACAUGACCGACAUAAAUUUCAAUGCCCUCCCAUCUCUCAAGCAUCUCAGAAUUGAAUUUUGUGGAAUAACUGGGAUGUGGGUAUCUGUGAUGCUGCGCCAUGCACCAGCCCUAGAGGAAUUGCGCUUGUAUCAUUGCGACCAGAUAUCAGGACUGUUGAUCGAAGUGGGAGAUAGUAGUUCAUCAAAUCACACCUCGGCUCCACGGGCUCCAUCAGCAGGAAACCCAGAUGACGCAUUGACAAGCUCAACUCCAGAUGGACUCCUGCGCAUCCCAUCAAAUCUCAUCCCCUCUCUCAAAAACAUGACCAUUUCGUGGUGCGGUGAGCUAACAUUUCAGGGGAACAAGGAUGGCUUCUCUGUAUUCACCUCCCUUGAGGAGCUAACAAUUCGUGGAUGCCCCAAACUGAUCCCGUCUUUGGUGCAGACAUAUGAAAACAACGACCAGCGAAACGGAAGAUGGCUUCUCCCGUAUUCACUUGGCAAACUUGAGAUUGACGGUUCCCCUGAAACGCUGCAGCCCUGCUUCCUAGAAGAUCACAACUGCCUCGAAAAGUUAGAAAUAAAAGAAAGCCCAAGUUUAAAAUUGCUACAGUUGCAUUCCUGCACGGCACUGGAAGAGUUGGCGGUUCAUGAUUGUGAAUCGCUCCCCGCACUAGAGGGGAAUUUCACCUGCCUCAAGAGAUUAGAGCUGUCGUACAACUCAGGGUUGGAAUCGCUACAGCUGCGUUCCUGCACAACGCUGGAAGAGUUGACGGUUGAGUCUUGUGAAUCGCUCGCCACAUUAGAGGGGAAUUUCACCUGCCUCAAGAGAUUAGAGCUGUCGUACAACUCAUGGUUGGAAUCGCUACAGCUGCGUUCCUGCACAACGCUGGAAGAGUUGACGGUUGAGUCUUGUGAAUCGCUCGCCACAUUAGAGGGGAAUUUCACCUGCCUCCAAAAAUUAGAUCUGUUUGACAACCCAAGGCUAAAAUCACUACAGCUGCGUUCCUGCACAGCGCUGGAAGAGUUGACGGUUCGGUCUUGUGAAUCGCUCGCUGCACUAGAGGACUUUUGGUCCCUCAGAUGUCUCAGGUAUUUGGUAAUAUCCAAAUGCCCUGGCUUACUUCCUUAUCUGGAACAUCUGUCAAGUGAGGGCUAUGAGCUGUGCGCUGGACUGGAAAGGCUCGACACUGAUUAUUACUCUUUCCUCACCACGUCAUUCUGCAAGUGCCUCACCUCCCUCCGACGCCUAGAGUUACACGAUCCUACGGGGGAAGUGACGGGACUAACGGAGGAGCAAGAGAGAGCGCUUCCGCACCUCACGUCCCUGCAGGAGCUACGAUUUGAGGAUUUCACCUACCUCGAAAGUCUUCCUGUGGGUCUGCACAGCCUUUCCUCCCUCAAGAGGUUGGAGAUCAUUGCUUGCCAUUGGAUCUCAAGGCUGCCAGAAAAGGGGCUCCCACCUUCGCUUGAAGAAAUUGAGAUCAGCGGUUGCAGCGAGGAGCUAACUGAUGAAUGCAGAAUGCUAGCAACAAAAACAAGGAAGCCAAAAGUCAAAAUUGGUGGGAAAUAUGUGAGCUGAUUACUGGGUGGUUGUUAAGCAGACUUGUCUACCAGCAAAGCGGGUUUCACUCUGUUGCCUUCUGAGGCAUUCAAGCUGCUGUACGUUCCAGUGUUCCACUACUAAAUCUCAUACAACUACGUGCUGUUCAACAAAGCAUCCACACAUCCCUGUUUCUUGCAGAUCACCCAUUGCAGGGCUCAUGUUUGCCAGACGGGAGGCCCAACGCCCAAGAUCGAAGGGAGGGGGGCCUAUCCAUACAAAAGAAAAAUGCUCUGCAAGUACAGCGACGCACCCUCAGGCUCUAAUCCUCUCUCGUGUAUCAACAAACGAGGCCAAUACGAUGGAACUGAACCUGAGCCAACUCAUAUCUUGCCCUGACAGAAUCCACACUGUGCUAGCGAGCUGACAGCUAAUCUGCAUAAAUUUGAACCUGUGUGUGUGCGUGUGAUAUGUUACCUUACGAGUAAUUAGUUCAUUUUGCUUUUUAUUUUGGGUCUGAGGAAGGCAAAGUGGCAAACAUGUCCUUCAGAUUGUAAUUGUAUCUUCACAUUAUAUUGCCCCUCCUCUGGAACCGUUCUGCAAGUAGUCGCGUGCUAACUGUACCGAAUGAAUGCAUGAAUUCAGUAGUCAACUCGGCUAUGCUCAAGUUAUUGUGGACUUACAA